AUGGCGAUAUUCAACUUUCGCAAGCAAAAGAAGUCGGCAGACCAGCCGUUGGUAACGGCAUCGACAGUUGAGCCACAGCCCCAGACCACAACGCCCAAGUUCGUUCCUCGACUUGCCGGUCUCAAGGCCUCGGAUCAAGGACCAGCGAAGGAGGAAGGUCGAGAGGAGAUUCUCGCUCGCAUGAGGAAGCGCAACGAGCAACGACGACACGCUCUCAUUUACAACACACCCGAGACCCCGGUCGAGGAAAGUCACGACACUCUCACCGUGCCCACAAUACCCGCCUCUCCGCUCGCAUCUCCAAUUCGACCAAGCUUCGAAGACGUCCUAGCGCAAUGGCGGACUGCCAAUGCGGCUACAGCCCUUCCUCAAUCCAACGUGCACAUUUCGUUGCCAACGCCCGAGUCCUCCGUUGAGGACUAUCUGCUCAUGCCUGACGUCCGACUACCCAAAGCUUCUCGCGGGAAGAGUUAUGCCACCCAUCACUCGGCCUCCGAUUCCGGCUACGACUCUCGCACUCCUUCGCACAAGGCGAGUGACGAUGACCUUGGUAUGGUGUCGAGCGCUGGAGCAGGCCUUUCGGUAGACUCCAACUCGUCAUUGUCGUCUUCCGUCUACACCGAUGGAGACAUCAAAGACGAUUCUCCAUUACCUAAGGAAGAGGAGUAUGUCGACGAUUUUCCGAUGGAGUUGUCUGAGUGCAAUGAGCAGCCGAAGAGCGAACGGGGUACCAGCUCGGCACCUCUCCCCAACGAGCUGGAUUUCGAACCUCAUACCCAACCACAGGCGCACUCAGCCGACAUGACUGCUCUCCCUCGAUACGUCCCAUCACUAUCGCCGAUUAUUGCCUCUCCGAGGAAGGAAGUCGAAAACCCGAUCCUCGCACCGUCGUCAACUCCGCUUUCUGUCUUGCAAGGAUACAAGGUGAACAAAAAAGGCAAGGUGCUGGACGAGGAGGGAGAAGUGAUCGGCGAGCUAGUGUCGGGCGAUAUCCUGGACUGCGUGCGGCAGAGAGUCGACGACAAUGGACAAGUUCUGGACGAUCGAGGAAAGGUUGUCGGAACCGUCAAGCCGGUAGGCGCAGCGUCCGAGGAAGAGCAGAAGCCCGAAGAGAAAGCGGCGGAGGCUACCAACACACAUGAGGAAGCGGUCAACGCCAGCCCAAUCUCCGCACAAGACUCUGUCUUCGAAGUUCCGAUGUCAGCAAAGCGAGCCGGAAAGCUGCCCAAGCGGGAGCAGACACCGAGCCUACAAUCCCUGAACCGGCGAACGUCUCCAACGAAUGCGCACCCGGCCAACCGCGAAUUCGAAGAGCCGCGACUCGCACCACCACGACCGAACCCUAGUCUCCGACGCAUACCGUCCCAGGCCUCGACCUUUUCUACCUUCUCCUCAGUCUCCGCCGCUGCUCUAUGUACCGGCCAGCGUCGAGGCUCGGAACAAACCGAAUCCUCCCAGAUCUCUGAGUUCGCAACCAUUCCCUACAUAAUGACGACACCUGCCGCCGCUCCUCGCAGCCAGAAUUCCAUCCGUUCUGCUCGCAGUUCCCUCGGACCUUCUUCUGUAGUAGCGAAGCCUCAGGUUCCGCUGCGUCCCAGCACGAGCAAUGGCGGCGAGAGCACAUUACCUGACUUUACGACCAUGUUCAGCGCGACUCCCGUAUCCAGGCCAACACAAGAUCGACGAAGCGUCGAGCGCGAACGCAACCCGUUUAGCUCCAGGUACACCGCGGCUCCCGUUCUCCCUCCCAUCGGCCGCAUGAUGUCGCCCGUGCCAGAGAACAACGUCGCACCGAGGCAUACCGGCAACAUGGCCGCAGGCGGAGGCAUGUUCUCCUACAAGGGCGAGAUUCCCACCGGGGACGGACUCCCCAUCCAGCGAAAGCUCGCCUCGGCACCAGCCUUCGUGCCAGGCAGUCAUCUCCCGAUAAACCACAAUCCUGCGCCAUCAGCGUUCAACAACCCCAAGAUUCAUGCUCUGCGCGGCCUCUCCCAUCAACCCAACACACCCGCAAUCCCACCCCGAAGCGCUGCCCGCCCACCCUCGCUCCACGGCUACGCCUCUUCCAUUUCAGCGACCGCUCCGCCAACACCUAUUUCCGAGGCAAGCGAGGUCGCCAGCACGGAUUGGGCAACAAUGUACCCUGCUCCGGCGAUCCCGACGGGAGGAUUGAGUGUGUAUGGUGCGCACUCGAGACCGAGCAGUUUGAGGAGCAGCAGGACAGGGAGGCCGAGAAGUUACUUCACGCAUCGGGGAAAGGUGGCGGUUGAGGAUGGUGAGGAGGAGAUCAAGGCUGAAGAGUCCAAGACGGUGGAGGGACCGAUGAUGGCGGAGGUCAACCAGGAGGCAGAGAAGCCAGUCGUCGUAGCGGAGCCGGAGAAGAAGAGGAGGCUGUUUGGGAAGAAGAAGUAG